AUUUUGUCGGCGCAGCUAUUAUACAAGAUAGCGGAGCUCACAGCAAGAGCGUUGCUGUGAGAGCUGUUCCACAAGUCCCUGGCAGCCCACAGCAGCGACACGCGGCUGCACGGACACUGAAACGCCUCAAAGCAGCUGGGAGAGGCUGCCUAGCCCACGUGGACGCCAUCGCAGCGGCAACACAACGAUGCGCGCCCUAGCAAUACUAGCGCUCCUCCAAGCGACCCUAGCCGGCGUACCAGUAGCAGUAAGGAAUUUGGUGGGAAGAGAUGUGAUAGUGGCGUGGCUCCAGCCCGGCCCGGAGCCGCGAAAAAGGAUCCCGCAGCAGGCGAAACCACUAACAAAUAGCAGCGUCAUGUCCAUCGACUCCUUCGCGACGCACGAGUUCAUCGUCUACGACGCCGCAGCAGAAAAAUAUGUAGAAAAGCCGGACGGACACGAAAGCUGCGAGUUCUGGGCUUCUGUGGGGGAGUGCGCCGCGAACCCGGGUUAUAUGUUGGUUACGUGUGCCAACGCUUGUAAUAAUGAAGGGAAGAAGAAGAACAACGGCGAGCUGAAGGCAAUUUUCGCCGUCGCUGAUAAUAGAGAAACGGUGUCGAUCGUCGACAACGACGGCGUCUGGGAGGUCGUUCGAACAGGACCGGCGCACGACGCCCAGAAAGCAGUUGCAAGUGCUUUGGACGCUUGUAGUGCGACGCACGAAGAUGGAGCACCAACUUGUGGUGAGGCUACCGUGCAAUGUGUUUCUGACGAAUUGCAGACGUUCUUCGCCCCGAAACGAGAUGAACUAUCGAUAGAGAAGUUUUUGUUCGACCAUGCCCUGAAAAUCGCGCCGAAGGCGACGCCUGAUCCGGACGCGAAGGGUGCUGCGUACAGCGAGGACCUGCCCAAGCUCUAUAGAGACAUCGAGCGGGCGUCGAAGGAGACGGAUCUAUCGGAAGCGUGCCCCGACGGUGCUAGAGAGUGUUUGCGGGACAAGGCGACGCAUGAGACUGUGUUCCUCACGAGUACCAUCGGUACGCUACGAAAGGCCACACGGGCGCGGCGCCACGACGUCCGGAACGCGACCUGUAGAAACCACGAAGACGUCUCUCCCCAUUCGCCGGUCGUCGAGAAGAUUUGGAAAUAUGACCCUUACACUUCUGAUAUAUGGGCCGGUACCGCACCGGACAAGAAGGGCCCCGCCGAACCGGAUCGGGCGAUUCGUUAUUUAUUUGAUCCUUCAAGUAUAGAUGCGCAGAUUAUCGUUAUUGAUGAUUUUAUUAGCGAUGAGGAGUGCGAUGCGGUGCAGACUCAGGCCACGCCGCGACUCGCGCGGGCGACGCACGCCCACGAGGGCGAUUUGAGCCAUGUUUCUAAAGCGCGCGACAGCCAGCAGGCGACCGUGAGGCCCGAAGGCGGUCGGAAGAACGAGCGCGACCUGAGCGACCCGAUAGCGAGGCUCAAAGCUCGGUCCGUGGCCAUGGCGAACCACCUCUCAAAUUACACAUUACAGUUAGAUGGGCAAGAAGAUUUGAUGGCGGUCCAGUACAACCCGGGCCAGCAGUACAUGCUGCAUUGCGACGGCUCGUGCGACGGCACGCCCUUCGUCAGUGGUGGUAGGUUAGCGACCGUCUUGAUGUACUGCGCCGCGGCGGACGGCGGCGGCACGGCCUUUCCGAACGCCGGCGUGCACGUCGUUCCCAAAAGGGGCCAGGCCGUCUACUUCAGCUUUCGGAGUUCGGAUUCCGAAGGCCUCAUGGAGGACUGGCACACGGAGCAUUCCGGCUGCCCCGUGAGGGAGGGGUCGAAGUGGGUCGUGACGCAGUGGCUCCGCGACGGCGUGUCGAAGGAGAACCCGCACUCGCGCUUCGAUCCGUCCGGGGGGCCGGUCCGGUGACGACGCGUGUCUGUGGGGUAAAUUGAUCAAUCGAA